GUUUCCCAUUCAGUCCGACCUGUUGGUGGCAGCCACAAUGUGCACCAUGAAAAAGGAGAGCGCCCUCUGCUGGGAAGGCUGUUCGCACUAAGCUCUUGAUCUCGAGCAUCGCCAUAUUGACGUCCCAACAGCGCUGAGAGGAGACACCGCUUUGUCGUAGCCCCCAGUGAUGACUGUAUUGAACCCCGUACCUCCUGAUUAGUCUGGUUGGAUGCCCUCAUUAAACAUCCAGCUUUCUUACCGUAAAGGCAUCUCAGCUGCUCUUGUUCCUGUUCAUCUAUCAACAUUAUCCUGGAGGGAACCUCCCAGGAGAUUUAGAGAAGAUCCUGUGUAGAAUAUGUCUGGCCCUGUUCCAAGCCGCUCUCGAGUUUACCCUGAUGUAAACACACAGAGACCUCGGGAAUACUGGGACUACGAGUCCCACGUCGUUGAAUGGGGGAACCAAGAUGACUAUCAGCUAGUCAGAAAACUAGGAAGAGGAAAAUAUAGUGAAGUGUUCGAAGCCAUAAACAUCACAAACAAUGAAAAAGUGGUCGUCAAAAUACUGAAGCCCGUCAAGAAAAAGAAAAUCAAGAGAGAAAUAAAGAUCCUGGAGAAUCUGAGGGGUGGCCCAAAUAUCAUCUCACUGUUAGAUAUCGUCAAGGAUCCUGUGUCUCGGACUCCUGCUCUGGUCUUUGAACAUGUGAACAACACAGACUUCAAGCAAUUGUAUCAAACUCUGUCCGACUUUGAUAUACGGUUCUACAUGUACGAAAUCUUAAAGGCCCUGGAUUACUGCCACAGUAUGGGGAUAAUGCACAGAGAUGUCAAGCCACACAACGUCAUGAUUGAUCAUGAACACAGAAAGCUCCGUCUAAUCGACUGGGGUUUGGCAGAAUUCUACCACCCAAACCAAGAGUACAACGUGAGAGUCGCGUCCAGGUACUUCAAGGGACCUGAGCUGCUGGUAGACUACCAGAUGUAUGACUACAGCUUGGACAUGUGGAGUUUGGGUUGCAUGCUCGCCAGCAUGAUCUUCAGAAAGGAACCGUUCUUUCAUGGUCACGACAACUAUGAUCAGCUUGUGCGAAUCGCAAAAGUACUCGGCACAGAGGACCUGUACGACUACAUUGACAAGUACAACAUUGAGCUGGACCCGCGGUUCAAUGACAUUCUGGGAAGACAUUCCCGCAAAAGGUGGGAGAGGUUUGUGCACAGCGAGAACCAGCACCUAGUCAGCACGGAGGCUCUAGACUUCUUGGACAAACUGCUGCGCUACGACCAUCAAGCCCGCCUCACGGCCAGAGAGGCCAUGGAUCACCCCUACUUCUUUCCCAUCGUUAAAGACCAGGGAAGGGGGGCCACUCCUGGAGGGAUGGCUGCCAGCUCCACUCCAGUCAGCUCUUCAAGUAUGAUGGCUGGCAUCACCUCAAUGUCCUCCUCACAGCCUCUGGCUAACAUCGCUGGAUCACCCGUCAUCUCCGCCCCCAACACUCUGGCCACACAAGUCCCUGCAGCCACCGGAGCGCAGCCCUGAAGCCACCUCCUCACCUGUGUUUAUGUGUGCUCAUGGCCAUGUCCUGCCUAGCUCUCGACGCGGCCCAGGGCCAUGGCUCCCCUUUUUAUGUUGAAAAUAACAAAGAAGAUUUAAAUUGCUUUUCACAUUCAGUUAUAUUUUGACACCUGGACUUGACAGAAAUGUAUUGUUGCACCUGUCAGGAUUAUUAGAGUAAAUUUGGGUGUGUUACUUGACAAUGCCAUUGUCUAGAAAUUCUAAUAAGAUGUAGACAUGAAGAGAAUGGAUAAUAAAAUUUAUUUUGUAUGUUCCAAAUAUACAGUCUUGCUUGAAACUGUUUGAUGGGGAUCCUGCUGUAUUACACUGUGAACCUUUACACAACUUCACAAAAGCAGAGUAAGGAAUGUGGCGUGCCCCACCCAACAGUGCUCGCUGGUUGCACACGAUGUAACGUGCAGGAGUUGUUGGUGUUUUGAAGUUGUUAGAUGCUGUUGCUCUUUAAUUGGACUUUUUGUAGAUAUUCUACAGUUACUGUCGGGUAAGCCACGGGACGAUCGGCUUGGAGGGAGACGGUGCAAAAACAAACAAACAAAAAAAAGGCAUCUCUUGAGUUUGAAGGGACGCUUGCCCUGUAAUCAAAAGUCAAAAGAGACUUGAGGAGGGAGGCUCGAUGCCCAGAAAGAUAAACCGGCGUCCGACUUCAACACCCGACGCUGUACCAGAGUCAACAUCCAGAGAGCAAAACCCAUACUCUCCCGAGACUGACGGAUGCCUAGGACUGUCAGGUUGCAUGCACCCAAUGCUGAGUUCACAGGGUUAAUAGUUUGCCAAUUUUAUGUUACUUUCACUUCUGUAUGUGUACGUAUGUGUUCAUGUUUGUUUUUUAUGACUUCUCUUACACUUGAUUUUGAUUACAUAGACAAUUUUGUAACUUUUUUGUUUUAUGUUGGGAGGAGUCAUCACCUACAGAGAAACUACUUCAAAAAUAAACAGUUUAAACGGGG